AUGGUUGAUAAAGCCGACGGGGCCCUGGGAGCUGUCUGUCACUGUCCAGCGUUUGCAUCUAACACAGGGACACAGUCACCUUGUCGAAAUAAACUGUAUUCAGCACUAAGGUAAGUGCACUUAUUUGACAAAUUUUGUACAUAUGCUUGAAUUUACUUCAUUCCGUUGAACUCUUUUUGUGCAUAUUGAGUAAUCGCUGUUUUUAUGUGGCCGGUAAUCGCGGAAUGUUUUGAAAACACUUAAUGAUCAGCAGUCCGAGAUUUCAAAUAAUCGGGGGUUGAAGCGGAAUCUUUGAAUCUUUAUAUUCAUGAUUCCUGUCGUUUUUGCCUCAAUGAUUCAUGACUCAUGAUUCACGAAGACUUCUUGAUCACCUAUUGAUUUAAUGAUUUUCUCAGGGACAACUUAGUUUCGUUUUGUGUUCUUUGGUGUUCAAACUUCUGCUUCAUUCAGACUUGGUAUCAUCAUUCGUUUUGUCUCCGCAUGGAGUUUUUCUGUAACUGAACAUUAAGCACAAGGUUACUGGAGAAACAAGCGGACUGUCAGCCCCGAAUGCACGAAUUAUAUAGGGGGGGUUGAAAAUUGGACUCUCGGAAACGCCAUAUCCUGCAUUCCCUGCAUCGAACGCAAUUAAUUCAUACGUGUAUUUUGUUGAGCUUUUCUCAGAGUCUCGUUUUUCAUAAUUACCAAGUUUUUAAAAGAAAGAUUCAUGAUUCUUACAUGUUUUGUUACGAUGAUUCAUGAUUCCGCUUCCAUCCCCGAAAAUAAAUUUUUCAAAUCGAAGAAUGGCAGCCAAUCCAAACUAACAUUUGUCUGUUAAAAAAAGUCAGGCGAUUCUUUACAGAUCUCAAGUCUAGCUUUGGUUUAGGCAGGGGUCAGAAAACAAAACCAUGAUGAUGUUUUGUGACAUUCAGAACCUUUUUCAGGUCGACUGCCACGUGUCAAGGUUUCCGGAAGUCCACCUGAAAAAGAUUUUGUGUCACAAAACACGGUCUUUGUUUGCGCAACCCAAACAACAGUCUUGAGCUCUAUAAAGUACUUCAGGAUCAUUCCACCCCCCGGGCGGGGGUACCAUAUAUGGGCUAUAUAGAUAUGUGCCGCUGUGAAGGGUAUGGUUUUCAAGCAGUUUACUCUGGGAUAGGGUAUAUAAAUCAGAGCGUUUGGGUCUAGAAUAGGGUAUCAUUUUUCAGGAAACUGAUCAGUUUGGUAUAAGGUUUUGUUUUUGCUAGACUGUGCUAGUGACCUCAGUAGUUUCUGGAAAACAGCUGCUCUAGGAUAGGGGGGUGGGAUUUGGGGAGUUUACUCUAGUAUAGGGUAGCAAAAUUCCGCUGAACUAGCUCUGGUAUAGGUGAAGGUUCCAGGGUCCCGGCGGCACAUCCCCACCCAGAAAUUCUUAAAGUACCCCCCCCCCCGGCAUUUCACCAAAACAUGAAAGUUCCAUUUGGUAGGGCUUUUUCGAUUUGUCAAAUUUAUUAAAAACAUCGGACUGUCAGUCAUUUAUUGUUUUUCAUCUUAAAAAUUAAUCAACUCAAUAUCGCAGUUUUAUUUAAUCAGAGUUCUAUUAAAGCAGUUGACAGUUAAGUUGUCAUUGUUUUCAGGGUACUGCAGAUUACCAUGUACGACGUUUACGUUACCAAUAAUCAAACCGAAAAUGUCUAUGUGAGGUUGAAGCCUCAAGAACUUUCUUCUGUAAACCCAAAGUUUCAUCAAGAAUUACACUCCCUGGUGAGAGAGGGCGAAAUGGAUAAAUCAUACAUUCAAACAUUCUUACUACGAUGGGGUUUUCGCUUGAUUCCUCCUCGACAGACAGUGCCAUUUGUAACUGUGGCUUGUAGUAGUAGUGGUGGAACCCUUAUGUACGCUUCUUUGUAUGUCCGGUCAGAAUUGUGGGCUAUGGAUGAAGAAGUCGACUUCCACAAAUUUGGAUGCCUGUUUGUCAGAAGUGAUUAUACGCCGCCAACCGUGAACCCAAUAGGUAGUUUUAGUUUUAGUUUUAGACAGGUUAAUCCUGAGCCAGUUUGGAUUGGAGCACAUGAAGGUGAUAAUAUUCCGACAAAUGCUAUCAAAUCAUCCAGCGGUUUGGAAGUAGAGUAUUUUGGUCGAUUGGUGAAUGGCGGGCCAUGUGGUGUGUCUGUUACCCCCGAUAAUAAGUGCAGUGAGUGGAAGUCGAAUACUAUGUACGGGCUCCUUCAGACAUCUGGUGAAAUCCUGCAAGCUACUGGCCAUCAGCUUUAUCGAGUUAAAAGUGGCGAUCCCAUACCUCCUAACGCCGUGAUUGUUGGAGUAAGUGGUACUGAAGGAUCACUUUACCUUGGAAGGGUUGGUGGUAAAAUUCCGUGCUCAGUCAGCACAGAAGAUGGAAAAAUUAAGAAGUUUUUUUAUCCUACCGGAGACGAAACUGAUUUUGAAAGUUCGAGUGGUGAAAUCCUUGUUCUGACAAAAGGCACUGCAGCUUAAAUUUUAGUGGACGAUCAGUAUUUGCAUCAGAGACAAGCAAUACGAUUUGAAAGUGUAAAUCGUUCGAUGCAAUAGUGCAGAUGGUAGCUUUAGACUAGUAUUAUGAUAUUUCGAAAUGCUUUUAAUCAAUUUUUUUAAUACUCAUUUUCAUUUUCUUGUUUAAUUCAGAUUUACAGUUUUCUUUUCUCACUACCCACAAAUAGCAAGGCUAGUCUAGGUGGGCAGCGUCUAUAUAAAACAA